AGACGGUUCCCUGGUUCAGCCCAUGUUCAACGAGUAAACCGUCUCUCUCUCCACCAGCACCGUAAGCGUCUUGUUUGGCGCAUGAGCAGAAGGUUUCCAGGAUUCUGCAUCCAAAAUCUAGCCGUCACAUUUUGUCAUUUUUUCACCGUUGAAUUAUUCGUCCAUUAUAUACGGUCGACGGAAUGAUGAAAUAUUGAAGUUUUUGGUUUAAAAUUUAGUCAAUUUUUGUGCUGAUCACUUCCUAUGUUAUAAGUAAAGAACGAGGGAUCAUUUUACAUUCAUCGCAGCAGCUACAUUCCACACAAAUUGUUUCUAUUUUGUUGUCAGUAUUCAGUGAUCGAAGAACUAAUCAACAUCAUCAAAAUGCACGGUCGACUCAAGGUACGAACCACUGCUGAAAUGCAGGCCAUCACCAAGAAAAAAGAGCAAGAAAAAGCGAAAUAUUACAAAUCUCAAAUGGAGAAAAUAUUUGCCAAGAGAAAAGAGCAACAAUUAGAUGAAGAAAUGUUGACAUUGACUGCCGAAGUUGUAGCUAUGAAUCCGGAUGUGGCUACAUUAUGGAACAUACGUCGUGAAUCCUUGCUAAAGAUGAAAGAUACCAUAGAAGAUAUAAAUGCAGUAGUUGAGAAAGAAUUAAAAUUAACCGAAACCGGACUUCGAGUUAAUCCAAAAUCAUAUUGUGCUUGGCAUCACAGAUGUUGGGUUUUAGAUCAAUACGCUGAAAAACCUAAUUGGGAACGUGAAUUGCAACUUUGUACGAAAUAUUUGGAGCUGGAUGAGAGAAAUUUUCAUUGUUGGGAUUAUCGAAGAUACGUAGUAGAUCACCACUCGGCUGAAUUGAUUAAGGAGUUGAACUACAGUGAACAAAAAUUGAUAUCGAAUUUUUCGAACUAUUCUGCGUGGCAUUACCGAAGUAAACUCAUACCUCGAAUUUAUUGCGCUUUCGAACGCGAGAAAUUAGUUGAAAAUGAUAUCUAUCGACAAGAGGUAUCUUUAGUCGAAAAUGCUGUUUAUACCGACCCCAAUGAUCAGAGUGCUUGGUUCUAUCAUCGUUGGUUACUUGGCCAUAUAACCAAUUCUGUGAGAAUAAUUCAAGCCGGAAUUGAUGCAUCAAAUUCUCUGUGUUGGGUCGCUAUUCAUCCUACUACUCCUGGAAUUACUGUUCAGGGCUUUGGGAACGAUAAAUGGGAAUAUUUAAACGAAGAUAAAUUUUCCAAUAUACUAGUGAAGAAAGUGACCAAUCUGAAGCCUAGUGAAAAAAAUAAAGUCACAUUGUUUCAUAACGAUAACGAAGUAGAUUCGGUAGAUUUCAACCAAGAUAAGAUUAUCUGCAGAAGCGCUGACUUUAGACCUGUACUUAGUGAUACGGAGAAAAAUUAUUUAAAACAGCAGUUAGACUCUUAUAAACAAUUAGUUCAACUCGAACCUCAGAAUAAAUGGGCGUUACUAGCCAUGAACUUGAUUAAAGAAAAACUCGGCGAGGAAGUUGAUAUUGACACGUUAGAAAAAUUAAAAUCCAUCGAUAAACUGCGCGCCAAUUAUUAUUCAGAUUUCGUUAGUCGCUUAGUAAUGGAACGAAAAUUGAGCUCAAUCAACGAUUGGAGUGGUAGUUUCGUUGCUGGGAGCAUAUCCCUUACAGCAUUUUACCAUAGUUAUUAUUUUACUCAUUUUCAAGAAGUUGAUUUGAGUGAUAAUCCGCUCGGAGAUGGACUAAUCGAAAAACUAUCCGUUUUGUUUUCUUGCAAAGUAUUGAAAUUGAGAAAUUGCAAGAUAACUUCAAUCGAUUCUUUUCCUGCCUUGAAAAAUCUUCGUAUAUUAGAUUUAAGUAAUAAUCCAAUUUAUUGUGAUACACCACCAGCGGGCUUAUCAAACUGUGAUUCAUUAGAAGAAUUCAUCUGUGAUCAAAUUUCUAUAACUUCGUCGGUUGUCUCACGGAUCACGUCAAGUUGUAAGGUUCCUCAAAGUGAAAGCACCUGAGUUCUGAGGGCUCUCUUAUCCGAAUUUGAAUAAUUUUACAGUACACUUACUAAAUAACAACCACGAUCAAGUUUUGCAGAAGGACAUCCAUUAGGGAAAACCGUUCAAUUAUUGCUAUGUACUUAUUUUUAAGGGAUUAUUUAUUUUGUUCAACUGUCAAUAAAUCUUGUGCAUCAAUCACGAAGCUGAGACUAUGAGUCGGUAUUUCAGCAGGUUAUGGGUCCAGUAUGCUGACACUGCAUCCUGGGCCCAUAACCUGUUGGAAAUACUGCUUUCAAAUGGAAAAUCGAUUCAAAAAUUCGUCGUCAUAUUGCUUCCAGAAUUUGAACGCUUUCCAAGCAACUGGGAAUGUUAUUUUUUUGUAGCACGAAAUAAUCAUGUUUUCGUAUGUAUUUUGUAACAUACUUGUUGUCAAUUACAAUUUCAUUUUACUAAAA